AUGGCUCAAAAUAUUAAUCCACAUUACGCAUCGUCGUCUAAUCCAGCUAAACAAAAUGAAGAUACGAUAAAACUAAAAGAUAAUCACGCUGUUAGCAAACGACUUCAGAAGGAGCUAAUGGAGUUGAUGAGAUGCGCUGACAAGGGUAUAUCCGCCUUUCCCGAAAGUGAGAACCUAUUUAAAUGGAUCGGCACUAUAAAUGGACCUCAGGAGACAGUGUAUGCGGGCCAUAAAUACAAAUUAUCCCUAGAGUUCCCCAACUCUUACCCCUACGCGCCGCCAAUGGUUAAAUUUAUAACUCCAUGCUUCCAUCCAAAUGUAGACACAUGUGGACUUAUAUGUUUAGAUAUAUUGAAAGAUAAAUGGACGGCGUUGUAUGAUGUGCGUACUAUUCUGUUGUCCAUCCAGAGUUUGUUAGCGGAACCAAAUACCCACAGUCCAUUAAAUCAGCAAGCUUCGUACCUGUGGUCCAACCAGCCUGCGUAUAAGAAGUACCUAGAUGAAUUUUACAAUAAACACAGAGACUCAUAG